CAGCUGGAGAUGGAGAAAAAGAUGCGCUGCCCCAUUGCAACUUGCAGGUUUACACGUACACCUGUGAUGUGGGCAAAAGAGAAAAUGUCUACUCCACGGCUGAGAGGGUCCGCAAGGAGGUUGGCGAGGUGUCUGUCCUGGUGAACAAUGCUGGUGUGGUCUCCGGGCACCACCUUUUGGAGUGUCCUGAUGAGCUUAUUGAAAGGACCAUGAUGGUCAACUGUCACGCACACUUCUGGACCACUAAAGCGUUCCUUCCCAAGAUGCUGGAAAUGAAUCAUGGACACAUUGUGACAGUUGCAAGUUCCUUGGGAUUGUUCAGUACUGCUGGAGUGGAGGAUUAUUGUGCCAGCAAAUUUGGAGCUGUAGGUUUCCACGAGUCUUUGAGCCAUGAAUUGAAGGCUGCUGAAAAGGACGGUAUCAAAACAACUUUAGUUUGCCCUUAUCUUGUAGAUACAGGAAUGUUCAGAGGGUGCAGGAUCAGAAAAGAAAUUGAGCCUUUCCUUCCACCCUUGAAACCAGAAUACUGUGUGAAGCAGGCUAUGAGAGCUAUCCUUACAGACCAGCCAAUGAUCUGCACACCUCGCCUCAUGUAUAUGGUUACCUUCAUGAAAAGUAUUCUUCCCUUUGAAGCAGUUGUAUGCAUGUACCGCUUUUUGGGAGCAGACAAGUGUAUGUACCCUUUCAUCGCUCAAAGGAAACAGGCUACAAACAACAAUGAAGCAAAAAAUGGAAUUUAACACUGUUUUGGACGGACUAACGUUUAUAGGUGAAUACAAUAAUGUAACAUGACUGAAUUGCAAAGUGCACUUGCAUCUAACAGAUGCAAAUGUCAGCAUCUUACUGUGGCAUUCUCUUGGGUCCUAAACCUGUGUAUUGAACUCUAAAAAUCAAUGGGUUUUUAUAUACUGUAAAUAAAACUGACUAGAGUACUUGGAAAAUGUGAUAGGUAAGCAAAGUGAAUUUACUAUGUAGCUGCCACCAUUGUCCUUUAGAAUAUCACUGUAUGUACAGUAAACUAGUCAUACUACU